ACAAGAAAACUGGCAACACUGCAAACCGUUAUCUGUCAAACGACAAAUACCGGUUGUUUUCUUGUUUGGUAUAAACAAAAUGCACAACUUCUGAUCAAUAAAAUCACAAUCGGUCGUAAUAAUCGAAAUGUUCGUAAAGCCACGGCUAGAAUUCAGCAAUAAAAUAGGCACAAACAUUCCCUCUACGAACUCCGAUCACGAUGUCGUUACGGGAAGAUGCUAUCCAAAUGCACAAAACAAUAAUGGCCAGCAGCAUGAAUUAACCACCUCUCCUGCCGCUAGCUGCACUCCCCAGAAAGCAUCGAAAAAGAAAGAAGCGGAACAAAGCAGACAUGCGAAGAAAAAGUAUGGCUGUGGAGAUUGUGGGCUGGUGCGGUACGAUACGGUGCAGGAAAUUAAGCAGCACAUGAUGGUGGAGCAUGGCUACGUGAGUCAGAAGCGAAUAACGUACCCAGAAUCGGAAAUUGAUGAGGCGUCGCAAGAUUCCAAUGAAAAAUCUAGCCCUGGCUCUGCAAUGAAGCAGCAACUCGCACACGGUCCGUCCUGUGACGAUGAACAGCGAGCUAAAAGCAACUCCCAAUCCCCAGAGGAACCGCUGACGAGGACCAGGAAAAGAAAACUGCAACUAGAACAAAGUCCCCCAAGCGAUGAAGAGGAAGAGAAGGAUGACUUCCUGAAGACGGUCACGCUGAAAUCGCUGACCGAAAAGUUCCAGUACGAAAAGCCCCACAAGUGCUCGCGCAAAGGAUGUCAGUACAAGUUUGCGUCGUUUGAAGUGCGUGACCAGCAUUUACGCUGCCAUGCAGAGAAUGACUCCACACCGGAUCCAGCGGCCGACGGGAGCGACAAGAAAGCGACCGUGCCGCGGAAACGCUUCAGCUUCAAGUGUAGCCAGUGCGAUGGCAAGUUCGAUGCGUGGAAACCCUGCCUCAUGCACCUUUGGCGCGAGCACCAGAUCGAUCUCGGCAUGCUGCGGUGUCCGGUGUGCGAGAAGCGCUUCGUUUACACCGUGCACGUGUUUAAGCAUCUGCAAACGCACCGGCUGAACGAUGCGCACGAUGUGGCGUGCCGGGUGUGUGGCAAGAAGUUUGUCAACACCUCGCAACGCUCGGUACACGAGGCGUUGCACCGGGCGAAGGAACCGUACGGCGACGAGGACGAGCUGCUGCAGGAUGCGGUGGAGAAACCACGCUGGUACGCGGAGCGGCGCUGCGACAUCUGCAAGCACAUGUUCUCCAACUCCAAGAUACUGUCCAAGCACAUCAAGACGGUGCACCUGCAGAUCAAACCGUUCGUGUGCAACGUGUGCGGGUACAAGUGCGCCCGGAAGGCAACGCUCAAUAUUCACAUCCGGCAACAUUCGGGGCUGAAACCGCUGACCUGCAAAAGCUGCCCGUUCCGGACGGCGGAUCCAAGCGCGCUCAGCUACCACGAACGGCGCCACCAGAACAACAAGGCGUACCAGUGCAAAACGUGCGGGCUGCGGCUGGUGCAACCGAAUGCACUGCGCGGCCACAUCCAGACGCAGCACCCGCAGGAGUACCAGCGCAUGAAGUGUACGCUGUGCGAUUACGCAUCGAUCAAUGCGCAGAACUUGAAACGGCACCAGGCGAACCAUAAGGCGGGUUUGAUCAAGACGCACGACGAAGACUCGCAGCCGGAACCGGGCAACGAGCGGGGUGGGAAUCAUCGUACGCCGCAUGGGUUGGGUGUGUCCGGUGGCUUGGGACGUCAUCCGGAAAAUGCGCCUGAAAUUUCGUCCGAUUGCUUUCUGCCGCUCGAGAGCGUUGAUUCGGUGGUGCACGAUACGGGCGGCAUUACGAUACCGGCUGCGGUGGUCUCUUUGCCGGCGGCACUGUCCGAGGAAACGCAGUUCCCAAUCUAGGAGUUGUCGGAGUUGUCGGCCGCGUUCAAGCAAGUAGGGUUUAUGUAGCCCAUAGGGUUUGUUGCGAAGGGAUUGGAGAAGCGUUCUACCAAUGUCAAUGUUAAGUACAUAAUAACACGAAUAAAUAGUUCAGUUUA